CAAUUUUUAAUCUUGGAUUAGUUCAAUUUUUCUGUUGGUGGAACAAGUUUGGAUUUGAAUUUCUGUGAUGGGUACCUUGGUUUCUAUAUCCGAGUACAAGAAUAAAUAUAUCAUAUUCCUGAACGUUUCAUUUCUCUUUGUAGCAUUUGCUUCCUUGGUCCUGUAUUUCAACUCCACAGAGGUUCUUUUUCUGAGCAGUAAUUCCUUGAAUGGUAGUACUGAUCAGGAUUGCAAAGAUCUGCAUAAACUUGAAGACUAUAAAGCCAGGUGCUUGUAUCUCAAAUCUAAAAACCCUUGUGUCUCUCAAGGCUAUAUUGAUUAUCUUUCCCUUUUCUAUUGCAAUUUUGGAGGAUUUCCCUUCUUGGGUCAUUUUCUUCUCUUUCUUUGGCUUCUUGUUUUGUUCUAUCUUUUGGGAAACACAGCUUCUGAAUACUUUUGUUACUCCCUUGAAAGCUUAUCAAGUCUGUUAAAAUUGUCCCCCACAAUUGCUGGGGUUACUCUCCUGUCUCUAGGAAAUGGUGCUCCUGAUGUCUUUGCCAACUUUGUCUCCUUUAUGGGCAGUGGAAUAAGAGAAAUUGGCCUAAAUGCAGUGCUAGGUGGUGCUUCCUUUGUGACUUGUGUUGUGGUUGGAACCAUAAGUAUAUUCAUGCACCAAAAGAGGGUUUUUGUCAAUAAACCUGCCUUUAUCAGAGAUGUCUGCUUCCUCCUUUUAGUUCUUGUAUCCUUAGCUCUGAUCUUGAUUCAUGGAGAAAUCAAUCUCUGGAAUGCUAUCUGCUUUUCUUCGAUAUACAUCGUCUAUGUUAUCAUUGUUUACAUCACAUAUCUCAGCUGGACUGCUGGUAACAAGGACAGCAAAAUGGAUGAUAAUUCAAUUUAUGGAAAUGAUUUGAGCUUACCUAUUCUGAAUGAAACUGAGAAAGCAGAUGAUGAAAGCGAAGAAGAGGUCAAGAGAUGUUGUUUCUGUUUAAGAUCGUCACCUUCCUGCACUAUGAUGCUUUGGAUCCUUGAGAUGCCCCUUUAUCUACCUAGGAGAUUGACAAUUCCUGUUGUUUGUGAAAAGAGAUGGUCUAAGCCAAUUGCAGUUGCUUCAGUGACACUAGCUCCAAUUUUCCUAUCAGCCCUUUGGAACCUUCAAGAUGAAGACCUCACCUAUAGAACAAGCUUGUUGGUGCAUGGAAUUGGGUUGCUUUUUGGGGCAACUUUUGGGGUUCUUGCAUUCAUGACAACGGAGAAAUCAUCCCCACCAAAAACGUGCUUGAUCUCCUGGCUAGCUGGAGGGUUCCUGAUGAGUGUGAUCUGGACUUUCAUUACAGCUCAGGAACUGGUGGCCUUGUUGGUGUCACUCGAGUACAUAUAUGGAAUCAGCUCUUCCAUUUUGGGACUAACUGCCCUUGCUUGGGGCAAUUCCCUUGGAGAUCUGAUAACAAACCUGACGAUGGCCUUGAAUGGUGGUCCGGAAGGUGCACAGGUUGCAUUAUCAGGAUGCUAUGCAGGCCCCAUUUUCAACACACUCUUUGGUCUAGGUCUGUCUCUUGUUGGAUCAUCUUGGCACGCAUACCCUUCACCUGUUUUGUUCCCUGAGAACCCCCAUCUCCUGGAAACAUUAGGGUUUUUGGUUGCUGGCUUGAUCUGGGCACUAGUGGUGCUGCCAAUGAGAAAUAUGAGGCUGGACAUGGUUUUGGGAGGAGGCCUUAUUAUAAUAUACUUGAUGUCUAUCUCUCUGAGGCUGAUCCAGACACCUGUCUCUCCCAAACUCUCUCUAUAGAAAUAAGCAUUGCAAUGGUAUCUCCCAAAAGAAGUGCCACGACAUGUACAGACGCAAAUAGUUUUUUGAUAUGCUUCCUGUAUGUCGCACUUAAUUUAUCAAUCUCAAUGCUGUAUUACUCUGGAUUUGAAUCUUUUCUGCAGUAUUUUGUGGUGUCCAGUUGCUGAAGUUUUUUUCCAUCUUGAUGACAGUGUGUUUUUCUUACAGAUUGAAGCAAAAUAAAAUAAAAUAAAAAACAGUCC